AUGUGAGCGGCGGGAAGCAGCUCUGCCUCGCGCUGCAGGAGGAUGGCGGGAGGACGGCGGGGUCUCGUGGCCCCCCAGAACACGUUCCUGGAGAACAUCGUCCGCCGGUCCAACGACACGAACUUCGUGCUGGGCAACGCUCAGAUCGUGGACUGGCCCAUCGUCUACAGCAACGACGGCUUCUGCAAGCUGUCGGGUUUCCACCGAGCCGAGGUGAUGCAGAAGAGCAGCACCUGCAGCUUCCUGUACGGAGAGCUGACGGACAAGGACGUGACGGAGAAGGUGCGGCAGACCUUCGAGAGCUACGAGAUGAACUCCUUCGAGAUUCUGAUGUACAAGAAAAACCGGAUGCCAGUUUGGUUUUUCGCGAAGAUCGCUCCAAUCAGGAACGAGCAGGACAAAGUGGUCCUGUUUCUCUGCACCUUCAGUGACAUCACCGCCUUCAAGCAGCCAAUCGAGGACGACUCCGUGAAAGGUUGGGGUAAAUUCGCCCGCCUGACUCGAGCGUUGACCAGCAGCCGAGGAGUUCUCCUGCAGCUCGCUCCGGCCGUCCAGAAAGGAGAGAACGUCCACAAACACUCGAGGCUGGCGGAGGUGCUGCAGCUGGGUUCAGACAUCUUGCCUCAGUACAAGCAGGAAACCCCGAAGACGCCGCCGCACAUCAUCCUGCACUACUGCCUCUUCAAGACCACGUGGGACUGGGUGAUCCUCAUCCUCACCUUCUACACCGCCAUCAUGGUGCCCUACAACGUGUCCUUCAAGACCAAGCAGAACAACGUCACCUGGCUGGUGGUGGACAGCAUCGUGGACGUCAUCUUCCUCGUCGACAUCGUCCUCAACUUCCACACCACCUUCGUGGGCCCGGCCGGCGAGGUCAUCUCGGACCCCAAACUCAUCCGCAUGAACUACGUCAAGACCUGGUUCGUCAUCGACCUGCUGUCCUGCCUCCCGUAUGACGUCAUCAACGCCUUCGAGAACGUGGACGAGGGGAUCAGCAGCCUCUUCAGCUCCCUCAAAGUGGUCCGCCUGCUGCGCCUGGGCCGGGUCGCCAGGAAGCUGGACCACUACAUCGAGUACGGCGCCGCCGUGCUGCUCCUGCUGGUGUGCGUGUUCGGCCUGGCGGCCCACUGGCUGGCCUGCAUCUGGUUCAGCAUCGGCGACUACGAGGUCAUCGACGAGGUCACCAACAGCGUGCGGAUGGACAGCUGGCUGUUCCUGCUGGGCGAGACGGCGGGGAAGCCGUACCGGUUCAACGUGUCGGGCCGCGGCCAAUGGGAGGGCGGGCCCAGCAAGGACUCGGUCUACAUCACCUCGCUGUACUUCACCAUGACCAGCCUGACCAGCAUCGGCUUCGGGAACAUCGCGCCCAACACGGACGUCGAGAAGAUCUUCGCCGUGGCCAUGAUGAUGAUCGGAUCGCUGCUGUACGCGACCAUCUUCGGCAACGUCACCACCAUCUUCCAGCAGAUGUACGCCAACACCAACCGCUACCACGAGAUGCUGAACAGCGUGAGAGACUUCCUCAAGCUGUACCAGGUCCCCAAGGGCCUCAGCGAGAGGGUGAUGGACUACAUCGUGUCCACCUGGUCCAUGUCCAGAGGCAUCGACACCGACAAGGUGCUUCAGAUUUGUCCCAAGGACAUGCGAGCGGACAUCUGCGUCCACCUCAACCGGAAGGUGUUCAAGGAGCACCCGGCGUUCCGGCUGGCCAGCGACGGCUGCCUGCGGGCGCUCGCCAUGGAGUUCCAGACCGUGCACAGCGCGCCGGGCGACCUCAUCUUCCACGCCGGAGAGAGCGUGGACAGCCUCUGCUUCGUGGUGUCGGGGUCACUGGAGGUCAUCCAGGACGACGAGGUGGUGGCCAUUUUAGGUAAAGGCGACGUGUUCGGCGACGUGUUCUGGAACGAGAUGGCGCAGUCGUGCGCCAACGUGCGCGCGUUGACCUACUGCGACCUCCACAUCAUCAAGAGGGACGCGCUGCAGAAGGUGCUGGAGUUCUACGCCGCCUUCGCCAAUCACUUCGCCAGGAACCUGGUGCUCACCUACAACCUGAGGAAGAGGAUCGUGUUCCGUAAGAUCAGCGACGUGAAGCGCGAGGAAGAGGAGACGCUGCGGCGCCAGAACGAGGCUCCUCUGGACCUCCCUCCGGACCACCCGGUGCGCCGGCUCUUCCAGCGGUUCCGGCAGCAGCGGGAGGCGCGGCUCGCCGGCGAGCGGGUCGCUCUCGGCGGCGAGCGGGUCGCGCUCGGCGCCGUCCAAAACGCCGUCGCCGCCGACGUGGAGAAAGGCGUCGCUCCCCCGGAGGCGCCCCGACGCCCCAAGAUCCUGGCCUCCACCAGCAUCGUCACGGUGACGGAGAGCCCGGCCACGCCCGCCGCCACGCCGACGCCAUCCGGGCCCUCCAGCCGGGUCAUGCUCCACGCCAACGUGACGCCGGUCGGCUGCAAAUCCGCCGAGCCGCACAAAGCGCGGGGCUGGGGCCGCCUCCGGGACUCGGUGGCGAAGGCGGAGUCGUGGGGCGGCGUCUCCAAGGCCGAGUCCAUGGAGACGCUGCCCGGCAGAACUAAGCGGCCCGGCGAGACGCCGCUCAAGAAGACGGACUCCUGCGACAGCGGCAUCACGAAGAGCGACCUGCGCCUGGACGGCGGUGAAGAGGAAGAGGAGGAGGAGGAGAAGACGGCGCCGAGCGCCAGGGCCUCGUUCCUGGAGCUGAAGCAGGAUCUGCGCGGCGACAUCCGGGCCCUGGACGGCCGCAUGGCGGCGCUGGAGGCCCAGCUGGCCCAGAUGCUGCGGCUCCUCGAGGCCAGGAGGUCGUCGGGGUCGUUCCUCCAGGCCUCCGGGCCGCCGUCGCCCGACUCCCACAAGGGCGGCUUCUCCUAGCGGCGGGGAGGCGCGGCGCCGCCUUUCGGACCCGCGGGGCGGUUUUGAACCUCCCCAGAAUAUUUUGAGCAAUAAUAGGAAACGACGGCUUUAACGGGACUUUGGGUCACUGUGGAGGAGGAGGAGGAGGAGGAGGAGACGCCUCCGAUUUAAAGAAGACAGAACUUUUUUUGUUUUAAGGAAUAAGCCUCUGCAUGAUGUCGUAUCAAAGCGAUGUGAUUGGUUGUUAAAGAGCAGCAAUAGAAACCAUGUGGAAACAGAGAAGCUGCAGGAGUCGGUGAAGGUCACUGGUUCUGGCCUUAAGGUCUCUGGUUCUGGUCCGGCUCGGCCUUCAUGUAAACACUGCAGUUUCCUUUAAGAGUGUUUUUAUCUGCAGAAUGAAUGUGAAAGAUUUGAUGCAUCGCCGUGACGACGAGGCCCGAAACGUAAGUCCCUCAGAGCAGGAGUUAAUAAUAAUAAUGAUAAUAAUAAUUGUAAUAUUAAUAAUAGUAAUCGGGAGGCGUGUCCGGUCGGCGCUCUCGGGGAACGACCCGGUGACGUCGUGCAGAAUUCAAGUGGAAAACGUUUUUCACUCGUCGUGAAGAUUAAAUAUUAAAAAUUAUAUGAAAGCAAAAGAAAAACAUAAAAUAUAAAACCAACGCUCCGUGAACUCGACUCAGCAGCGCGCAUAUUUGUGUGUGUAUGUACAUGUUUGUGUGUCUGUAUGUAUGUGUGCGUGUGUGUGUGUGUUUCUGUAUGUAUGUGUGCGUGUGUGUGUGUGUCUAUGUGUGUGUGUGUCUGUCUGUAUGUAUAUGUGUGUGUGUCUGUGUGUGUGUAUGUGUG